AUGACCGUCAGGAACGUCGGGAUGCUGGGCUUGGCAGCUGAGAGGCGGACAUUCGGAGAGAGCGUGCAAAGCCUCCUGGGCAUGAACAGGCUGUCCGAGGCGGCGGCGCGGACGCGCCAAUUCAACGUCCCAGUGGUUUGGCACGCGCUCCAGUCGAACGGCGAGGGAUCUCUGACGGAGGCACAAGUCAACGCCCAGAUCUCCGUCCUGAAUUCCGCCUUCUCGCAAGUCGGCGCGCGCUUCGUGCUGCGGGAGCUCCGCCAGGUCGAGGACGCCGGCAAGUUCGCAUGCCCGCAGUCCGAACACGACUCCAUCGCCCAGGAGCUCGCCGUCGACCCGGGCUGCGCAGUCAACGUCUACAGCUGCAAGCCCGCAAGCGGCAGCCUCGGCCGCGCGCGGCUCCCGGGCCUCCCGGAGAGCGACCCGCGCAACUGGGUGUUCGUCCGGUAUGACACACUCCCCGGGGGGGACUCCUCGGCGUUCGGGUACGGCGACACGCUCGUGCACGAGGUGGGGCACUAUUUCGGUCUGCUGCACGUGUUCGAGGGCGGGGAGUGCAUGGACUCCUCCGAGGACUCCGGCGACAAGGUCGUCGACACCCCCGCGCAGUCCACGCCGUCGUACUUCACCGGUCUGGGCGGCGACGCGUGCGACACCCCCAAAGACACGUGCCCUGAUCUCCCCGGAGACGACUCCGUGAGCAACUACAUGGACUACUCCGGGGACCUGUGCAUGACGGAGUUCACGCCGGGGCAGGAGCUGCGCAUGGUGGCCAUGAUCGCGCAGCACAAGCCGUCGCUGUGGGCCGGGAACUGCCCGACGACGAGCCCGCAGCCCACGCCGCGCGUGAACGUCAACUUCGUCCCGAGGGCCGUGCGCGGCGCGGACGCCGCGGCGGCCGGCGGCGCGUCGGGCUCGCAGGGUGGGGGGGUCGGCAAUUGCCCCCCCUGGCAGCCGGGGUGCGGGGAGGCGACGACUCGCGCCGCGCAGCGAGGGGGGGGCGCGGAGGUGCGCGGGGCGGCCGCGGGGGGCUUCGCGUACGACAGCGGGAUCGGCGGCGUCGACCUGCGCGCUGCCGCCAGCGCAGAAGCAUCAGCGUCGUUCGGUGGGUUCACGGGUGCCGAGACGGGCAGCGGACCGAGCACCACGCCUGCGGAGACGAUUGCGCCGUGA